AGAGAAGAGAGGCUUAGAAGGAGGAGGGAAGGGAGGCAGGCGCUGAUUUCAACCCUGUAGCGUCAGGAUUGCGUCAAUUCGAGUUCCAGCCACGUCUAGAGUCUCCGAGACGAGCUUCUCUGAAGAGCCAAAACAGGAACAGAGGUAGCAAAUCACUGCACGAGGGCGAGCGGAUCUCCCUCUCUGCCUCCUCCCGGUUCCAGGCGUAAGUCCCCUGAGCUCUGCGCUGUUGUUUUCAGCGCUCGGAAAAGCCGGCGCCUCAGACCCAGGCAAGUGAACCGAGCCGGGGAGUUUUCAGUUCAGCACCUUGGACAGAGCACGCAGCAAAAAAUGGCUCCGAUCGCUAGCAGCCGGGAAGAAUUUGAUGAAAUCCCCACGGUGGUGGGGAUCUUCAGUGCGUUCGGCCUGGUCUUCACAGUCUCUCUGUUUGCAUGGAUCUGCUGUCAGAGAAAAUCAUCCAAGUCUAACAAGACUCCUCCGUAUAAGUUUGUGCAUGUGCUAAAGGGAGUUGACAUUUACCCCGAAAACCUAAACAGCAAAAAGAAGUUUGGAGCAGAUGAGAAAAAUGAAGUAAAGAAUACACCAGCUGCGCCAAAGAAUUCACUGCAUCUUGACCUUGAGAAGAGAGAUCUAAAUGGAAAUUUUCCCAAAACAAACCUCAAAGCUGGCAGCCCCUCUGAUUUGGAGAAUGUGACCCCAAAGCUCUCUUCAGAAGGUGAAAAAGAGGCAGUUUCCCCUGAUAGUUUAAAGUCCAGCACUUCUCUUGCGUCAGAUGAGAAACAAGAGAAGCUGGGCGCCCUCGUCUUCUCCUUAGAGUACAACUUUGAGAAGAAAGCAUUCAUGGUAAAUAUCAAGGAAGCCCGCGGCUUGCCGGCCAUGGACGAGCAGUCGAUGACCUCUGACCCAUACAUCAAAAUGACGAUUCUCCCAGAAAAGAAGCACAAAGUGAAAACCAGAGUUCUGAGAAAGACCUUGGACCCAGCUUUUGAUGAGACCUUCACGUUCUAUGGGAUCCCCUACACCCAGAUCCAAGAGCUGGCCUUACAUUUCACGAUCUUGAGUUUUGACAGGUUUUCAAGGGAUGAUAUCAUUGGAGAAGUCCUUAUUCCUCUCGCAGGAAUUGAAUUAACUGGUGGAAAAAUGUUAAUGAACAGAGAAAUUAUCAAGAGAAAUGUUAGGAAGUCUUCAGGACGGGGCGAGUUACUGAUCUCUCUCUGCUAUCAGUCCACCACAAAUACUCUCACUGUGGUGGUUUUAAAAGCACGGCAUCUGCCUAAAUCUGAUGUGUCUGGACUUUCAGAUCCCUACGUCAAAGUGAACCUGUACCAUGCCAAAAAAAGAAUCUCCAAAAAGAAGACUCAUGUGAAGAAAUGCACCCCCAAUGCAGUGUUUAAUGAACUGUUUGUCUUUGAUAUUCCUUGCGAGGGUCUUGAAGAGAUAAGUGUUGAAUUUCUGGUUUUGGAUUCUGAAAGGGGAUCCCGAAAUGAAGUCAUCGGGCGGUUGGUCCUGGGAGCAGCAGCAGAGGGAACCGGCGGAGAGCACUGGAAAGAGAUCUGCGACUAUCCCAGGAGACAGAUCGCCAAGUGGCACGUUCUCUGUGACGGUUAGCAUCUUAGCCGUGAUGAGUUGGAACUUCAUGAAAUUUCUAAGCAAGGAAAAGUUUUCUUUCUUUUUUCAUUUUUCUGAUACAUGAUUGCAAGCUUGUAAAACCAAGCUUUCUUUUGUUAGCAAUGGAUUGAAUGAUCAGAGCAGGAAGUAACUGCAAAUGUGUAUCAUGAUAAUUUUCCCUUUCUUAGAAAAGUUGGAUAAAUUUUCAUAAGAUAGUCAGUUUGCUCUGCAGCUUACCAGUGAUAUCAAGUAGUCAGGCAUUCUGUGGAUACUGCUUCACAGUCUCAAGUUAUGGAUGUGAUUUAGAGAGUGAUGAUCUCAUUGGAACAUGUCACUGGAAAUCAGUGUGAUCGUUAGGAUUUAGGAAUGAAAAGCAUGCCUUCUCUUAUGAAAAUUCAUUCGUGGUUCUUCAGGUGGGGAAAUCAAUUUUUCUUUAAAUCCAAAGAUAUUAAAGAAAUGUAAUCUAGUUUGUUUUAUUAAUUCUGUCAUGUGCAAAUGGUUGUCCUGCAUAUAAAAGUAUAUUUGUUUCUCUUUGGGUUUUAAUUAUCUGACACAGUUAUAUCAUAAGAGGGUUAACUUAGGUUUAUUGCAAAAGGACAGUGAACAAGAUGAGAAAUAAUUCUAUCAAAGGGCUGAGUUGAGAACACUGUGGUUGAGAUAUGAUUUUUCCUCCCUAAGGUUACAUGUGAGUCAAAAUGUAAAGUAUAAUCUCGCAUAAGAACCACGGUCUUGAAUUACUCACUGUCUGUGGCCUAAGAAAGCCCUAUAUAAUUUUGUGAAGUUAUUGUGUUAGUUAGUGGGUAAAGAAAUCAAUUUCAGCUAGGAAUCCAGUGAGAAAUGCAGUUUUCUUAUAGGAAAUACAUAUAGUAUGCAAGUGCACAUUCAAGGUUGUCCCUUGAACAAAAAAGAGGGCAUGGGUAACCAAGUCUUCAUUUUGACUGUUCUCCCCAAGCAAGGACUCAGCUACAAUUUGAAAAGAAAUGAAGGGGAAAAAAAAGUUGUGAAGUAACCAUUGCUGGAUAGAAAGUGUUCCUUAAACCAACAAACUAAUAAAGAAUAGUUACAUGGCAAGCCUAAUAUACUUUACAUAUGUUCAUACAUAAUAUAUUUAGGCUGUCAAAUGAGCACAACAAAGUAUGUUUCACUAUCUUUUCUAAGCUAAUUUGUCUUGAGCUGUUGUCUGUGGACCAGUUUAUAGACUUGUGUCUUGUACUGCUUUCCAGUGCCAGGGCUCUGAAAUUCAUUAAGAACUCUUAGAAUAAAGUAGCACCCUGUGAUUAUUUGGGAAGAAUGAACUUGAGUUAAUGUCACUGUAUUUUUGUUUUAGAAAAGUAUGAAUGAAACUAGGGUGCAGUAGAAUUUUAAGUAUGCAAGUUAGAAAUAAAGUCUACAGAAAAUAUUACAUUUUGAGUCAGGUUUUGCGUCAGUGCUUUAGUGAUUUUUGAGAAUGUGUUUGAUAUCACAGUGUUUUGUAAAAUCUAUGACAAUGCAUUUUCAGAACAACUUAUACUCGUUUUUUAUGACUACGCCUAGUGCAAAGAAAACGUUUUACAUUCUGUAUACCAAGAUUGAAAUCAACCUCUUUUUUUCUUUUUGGUAUUUUAAGAUAAUUUGGGGAUUAAACAAGAAUAUUCCCCAAUCAUUGUCUUCAUGCCAUCACAGAGUCACCUGACAGCAUCUUGAGCCAGUCAACAUUUCUGUUAAAGGAACAUAAAAUGAACUGUAGUCAGUGUAUGGUUUGGGGAAGUGAAAUGGCCUUUGAUGUACGUACAUUUGCUUUCGUGGGCCAUGGACUGUAAUAUAUUUUGGAGGUCUGAAAAGUUGUCAGGACUCAACCCUUAAGCAUCUUUCACAGUUGCCAGAAGUCAAUGAUGGUAUCAAGCAAAGUAGGUUGUCAAACAAGGGUGAUUUUCCGUGGAACCACAAAAUCUACAACACAUGCUUAAAAAAUUACAAUAACCAAUUUGUAAAUAGUUGUUAGUUUUUAAAACUUAAAGUGUUUUUCUGUGUGAAAAGUUGAGUAAGACUAUUUGCAACUCUCUUAAGAAAGAAUAAAAACUAGAAAGGACCUGAAACAAGCAGGGACAUCAUCUUCUGAAAAUUGUCCUGUUUUAUAUUGUGUGACAAUAUCAAUGUGAAUAUCUUGAAUUCUGUUAACAGAUUCUGCAGUGUAUUAAACAUGUAAAUUGAUUGUUUGUCAGACCGGCCAAUCUAACCACACUGAUGGGGAGGAAUCCAUGUUUGAAGAAUUGUGUCGCUCAGUAACUGACUUGUUCUGAUGUUGUAACUUAUUAGAAGUGAUUUGGAAGGAAGCAUGGUGUAUGAGAUGGUGUCUGUUCUCUCGUGCCAGCUCUGUAUGAUGUUUGUAAGAUCAUAUUUGUAAGACGUGAAUAAAUUGCUGCUUUUGCCCAACCCA